AUGAAUUCUUCCAAGAAAAAAAUAACAAAUGAUGAUAAUACUACAACUAGUCAUAAAAAAGCUUCAAAGAAGUUAACGAACAAAGAUGAUUUAAAUCCAUCUAUUAAAUCACUAAACGAAAGAGAUGUUAAAAUAAAAGAUGAGAUUGAUGAAAUAUUUUCAAAGGCGAGAAAUAAAGCAAUUAUUCCUACAACUUCAUCCACAUCUUUAAUGGAGGAUUUGACAUCAUCAACCGUUGUUGAUUCUUCAAUAAAAGAAAAAGGAAACCCUUUGAAUGAUAAAGAAUUUGAAUUCAAGGUUCCAGCUAUACCAGGUAAAUCGAGGAAAAGGAAAUUGCAAGAAAACGAUUUAAAAAUCAUUCCUUCAUCUUUAAGCACCUCUUCAACAACAAACACGACGACGGAAGAAUUUGUGUUCAAAGUUCCAGCUAUACCUGAUAAAUCAAAAAAUAAAAAACUACGAGAGAAUGAUAUUGAUGGAUUUAGCGACUCGAGGGGCACAAAAAGCCGAAAGACAACGGAAGAUGGAUUUGCUAUCUAUGAUAUUAAGGAGCUAAAUAUUGGUAAUGGUGGAGAUACACCGUUAUGCCCGAUUGAUUGUGAUUGUUGUGAGUCUCUAUCAUCAAACAUGACAUUAUUUUUUGUUUGA